CUAACGAAGAUUAACGUCCCUAUGGCCAGUGUCAGCUGUCAGCUGUCAGUGUCAUCACUACUCAAUGGCAGUAGAUUCAGGAAUUAAAAUUCUUAUAUUAUUACUAUUUUACAACCCGCGCGCUGGAGUAAUAUAUCGUGUUUUUGACGGGACAGGUUCUUCUUCAAGAACAGCAUAGGUAUCAUAUGCCUCCCGUAUCCUCAGACGAACAAUAGACGGGGUUAAAAUGGAACAUCGUAUUCCCUCCCGUAUCAUGUAUGUACAUGUUCAUGUACGGAGUACAUGUUCAUGUUCAUGUUCAUUAUUGCCCGCUCCCGGGGGUCUUCACGCUGGCCAGGGGACCUUGGCGGGGAGCGGCAGUUCAUCACAAUCUAUACUAAAAUCUAAAAUACGAUACAAUACGACAGACCAGCACAAGAGCGCGCGCAGAAGAGAAAAAAAAAGGAAAAAAGAAAACAAAAAAAAAAAAAAGAAACGAGAAGGGAAGAAUAACCACCGUAGCACAACGCACACAGCCCUCGGCCCACAGCCACAACAGGCGCGACGCCGGGGCAGAGCACAAACUCCACACACCGCGCGGACCGAAACCGUUGUGGAACCCAUGGUAGUGUGGGCUAUUGCCACGGGUCAGGGGCACGAAUUCUAUCUCGAUUCUAGUGCAGAAUCCUGCUGUGAUACAUACUGUGUGAUCUGCCGGGAGAACUACUAAUAACCAGCAGUGUCCUGCCGUGGAGAUAAAUAAUAACCUGUUGGAAAGAAGAGAUGUAGAAGGCUGACGCUGGCGCCGGCGGCUUGGCGGCUGGGCGGGUGGAUUAUUAAUAACUUGUGACUGUAAGUUAACUAUCUUAUUAUUACUGUGUGUAUACAGAAUAUAUAUAUAUAUUUAUAUAUAUAUAUGCAGCAAGCCAGCUCCGUCACCAGCUUCAACCCAGCAUCUGUUGUUUUAUACCCUUUACUUUCCCUCUUUUGUUUACUCUUGCAUCCAGCGCUCGUUAAUCUUGUAUACCCUGCCUGCUGCGUUGUGGCUGUUCCUGUUGUGCCUGUCCUGUCUCCUCUGUCUGUCCUGUGCUGCUCGUACCCACCCACUCUCCCUGCUGCCAAUCUCUCGUGUUGGAUUCCUAGCGUCAGCCGCAGCAACGCAACAACAGCCUUAGUUCCGCCGCCGUGCCUUGCGUGUUCUAAUAAAACACUCGCUCGCCCGCCGCCCUGGUGUUGGAUUUCUUCCAUUCUCUCCCUCUCCCUCUCAUAUCUCUCUCCUCAAUUAUCGGCAUAACGAUACCUCAUUAACCUGUCAAACCCGUCAAACCCGUCAACCCUAUCAACCCCCUCCAUAUCGAUCCCUCUCGCCCUCCGUCACCAUGGGCAAAGGCGGUAGAAUAGCGUGUAUCUUCACGCCCUACCUCCUCUCAAUCGGCGCCCUUGUCUGUCUCGUCUUCGUCGGCUUGGGCGUGACAAACACAAAGGCUCCUCUCAAAAAUAUCUAUUUCGUCAAGGCAGACCUAAAAGACCUAGACCUCAACUCAAAGGGCAUCCCGAACGAACUCCUGCCCUUCACCAACAGCCUCCAACAAGCCGACGCCAGCGGCAACCUGCACGAUUUCUACCUCGUCGGCCUCUGGAACCACUGCUACGGCGAGUACGAGAACGGCGAGUUCAAGAUCGUUAGAUGCACCGACCGCAAGGCCAAGUACUGGUUCAACCCCAUCGACGAGUGGGAUCUCGAAGAUCUGGUCGAGGAUAAUAGCGACGACAAGUUCCUGCCCGAUAACCUGGACAAGGGCCUGAGCGCCUACAAGAAGGUUGCCGGCUGGAUGUUCAUCGCCUUCAUCGUGGCGUUUGUAGCGACCUGCGUCGAGUUGCUGGUUGGUAUCGCGGCUGUCUUUAGUCGCUGGGGUAGUCUGGUCGUUACCAUCGUGUCUGCUGUCUCCUCCGUCUUCUUCUUCGCCGCCGCCAUCACCGCCACAGCCAUGUACGCCGCCCUAACCGCCGCCAUCAACACCUCGCUAAAACCCUACAACGUCCACGCCACGCUGGGCAAAAACAUGUUCGCAACCCUCUGGCUCGGCGUCGCCUUCUCCCUCGCCUCAGGCGUCUUCUGGCUCUUUAGCGUCUGCUGCUGCUCCGGCCGCUCCCCCUACAGCCACUCCAACAACGCCGGCGGCGGCAUCGGUGGCGGCCGCCGCGGCACCCGCGGUGUCAGCGGCAUCACCGCUGAGAAGACUCCCUAUACGUACGAGCGCGUCUCGGACCCGUAUGGCGGCGCCGGCUCGACGACUGCGCCGUUCAUGCCUGCUGCGGCUGGUGGGCCCCCUGCUAAUGCGAAUGGGAGGGAUAUGGCGUAUGAGCCGUUCAGACAUCAUGAUGCGCGGCGCGUAAGAAGAGGUGUAUGGCGUGGGGAUUGUUUGUGGAUGGAUGGUUGGAUGCCAUGGUUGAGAUGAACAUGAGAUGAGAUGAGAUGAGAUGAGACGAGAUGAACGUUGUGUAGUUAUCGUUGUUGGGUUCGGGGUCUUGACUUGAUGUCUUGACCUAGCCCUCCUCCUUGUCGUGCUGCGCUGCCUUGGCCCCCUACUACCAAUAAACCCCCCUCCCCCUUCCCCCCGUAUGUACAUGUUUGCCCUGUGGGCGUGGGCGUGUGUUAUGUAUCUUGCAUGAAUACCUCCGCUUUUUGCACUGGAAACGGUGAGGAAGUUACGCAUGUAUAUUGACAUAUAUAUACACGCGCGUCACCUCCAUCUGAUCUAAACUAAGUCAAGAAAAAAAGAAGCAAGGGGGUGUUCCGUCCCCCCCCCCCCCCCCCCUUUUGUAUCUUGGAUCCCGUCAUGGGAAAGCGAAAAAAAUUUAAUGUCCUUUUCUUUAUUUAUUUUCCUUAUUUUUCUCUUUUUCUUUUCCUUUUUUCUCUCUCUUUUUUUUUUUUACCUUGCUGUUUUUCCUUGAGCUGAGGACUCAAGUUACUUUACCGCCUCCCCGCCUCAAUUGUUUGCAUGUUAUGUUAUGUUAAAUAUACAUAUAUCUUUCUUAUUUCUCUAUUAUUUUAUACCUAUUUCAAAGUUUUUGAGUCUUCUGUUUCAGACUGUCUUUUUCUUUUCAUUUUUUGUUCAAAUAUGCAAUGUGAUUGAUAUUUGUGAAAAUAUAUAUAUAUAUAUAUAUAAAAUAUAGAUCUAAUUAACAAAUAAAUUAAAAUUUCUUAAAAUGAG